GCGGCGGGGCGGUUGCUGCUGCCGGCGGAGUGGGACAGGCGGUGGGCAUGGAGCUGGGCGCGGUGCUGGAGGCCGUGGAAGGGCGCGGUGGUGCCGAGGCUGUGGAGCGCGUCCUGGCACGGUUCAACGAGGAGAACCGGACUAUUUUCGUAUUUGAUCCAGCAGAUGAAGACAAAAGAAAGAAACUGUGUGAGGGAAUCCUAAACAUCCUUGAAAAAGACACAAAAACUUCACAUCAAGUUGCCUGCCUGGAGGCCCUCCGGAUUCUCUCGAGAGACAAGAAGGUUUUAGUGCCUGUAACCACGAAGAGGAACAUGCAGAUCCUUAUGAGGCUAGCAAAGCUGGACACUGUGGGAGAUCCUUUGGAGAGAGUGUCUGAGUUUCCUGUUAUAGUAGAAGCUUUAAAAUGCCUCUGUAACAUAAUUUUCAAUAGUGCUGUUGCACAGAAGCUCAGUUUGGAACUGAAUCUUGCAGCUAUGCUCUGCAGUCUUCUGGAAAAAUGCAAGGACCAACAGUUUGUUGAUGACAUUAAAUGCUUUGAUUUACGUCUCCUCUUCCUCUUGUCACUCCUACACACAGACAUUAGAUCACAGUUGCGUCAGGAACUACAAGGGGUGCAAGUUUUGACUCAGGCUUUGGAAAGUUCCCUGAGUGUAAGAUGGAUGGAAGAAUAUAAAGCAGCAGAAGAUCGUGACAGGCCUCCCCUCUCUUUGCAGGAGACAGAUUGUGCCAUUGAGGCACUAAAGGCUCUUUUUAAUGUAACACUUGACAGUUGGAAUGUCCACAGUAAGAAUGAAUCUCAUCAAUUUCGUUACAUGGCUGCCAUCCUUCGACACUGCUUGUUAACCACGGGCCCUACUGAAGACAAAACUGAAGAGCUGCACAGCAAUGCAAUCAACCUCUUAAGCAAUGUUCCUGUCUCUUGCCUGGAUGUUCUUAUUAGUCCAUCAUCCCAAGAGGAAACAGAUAUAAAAUACAAUGGUAUGAAUAUGGGAGCAAUUCAGAUUUUACUGGAUUUUAUGGAGAAGAGAAUAGACAAGGGAAGCAGCUAUAGAGAAGGUCUGACUCCAGUUCUCAGUUUAUUAACUGAAUGCUGCCGAACUCAUAGGAAUAUCAGGAAGUUUAUUAAAGCUCAGGUACUGCCUCCAUUAAGAGAUGUAUCAAACCGUCCAGAAGUUGGCACAACAGUGAGAAACAAGCUUGUGCGCCUUAUGACACAUGUUGACCUUGGAGUAAAGCAAAUUGCAGCAGAAUUUCUUUUUGUUCUUUGUAAAGAGAGAGUUGACAGCUUGUUAAAAUAUACAGGCUAUGGUAAUGCGGCAGGAUUGCUGGCAGCGAGGGGCCUGUUGGCAGGAGGAAGAGGAGAGCAUUGGUACUCUGAUGAUGAAGAUACAGAUACAGAAGAAUACAAAUCUGCUAAGCCAAACAUUAACCUUAUCACCGGUCACUUAGAAGAGCCAGUGCCCAAUCCAAUGGAUGAAAUGACAGAAGAACAAAAAGAAUACGAAGCUAUGAAGCUUGUCAACAUGUUUGAUAAACUGUACAGAGAUGAGCUUAUAAAACCAAUGGGAGUGCGGCCGGAUGGGACAAUGGCUCCUUUGGAAGAAGCAGUCAACCAGUACCAUACCAACAAGCAGGACAGUUCAGAUUCAGACUAAAGCAUCACCUGCUUCACUCUCAAUUCUCCUCUAAUCCACACUUUCCUUAGGGCCAUAGCAUCUUUUAUCUAGACAUUUUGUCCUCACAUUAGCCAGCAUUACUUAAAUAUUCCAAUAAUAGAACAGUUACAAUGGGACAUGGAGUGUAAUGUCUGAAUUUUUAUCAUGUCUGUUGAAAGAACAUACCAGUUUAUUAGCUUAUGAUUUUAUUAACUUAAAACUAAAUGUAUUUCAAAGCCUACAAUGUAAGAUCGAAACACUUAAUUUUCCAGAACAUCUUUUCUGAACUCUGUAGAUUUUCCCAGUCUUGGUAUUUUUUUUUUUUUUUGGGGGGGGGGGGAGGGAGGUGUUUGAGUUUUUUUUGGUUGACCUUUUUCUAAUUAUUAUUAUUAUUCACUUGCCAGUCUCUCCCUUUAUAUAAUUGUAAUUAAAGAGGUGUGUUUGCUUAAUGACAUUAGGAGCAGAGGGCAUUUAAACUUGGAAGUCUUAUUGACCUUGUGAAGCUUUUUUAACUGGCAUUCAGCAGUGAUUCAGAAGUACCCUUUUUAAAAUGUGAUUAGAUUGUUUUUAUUGCUACAUCCUUCUGUGUUUCAGCUGCUGCUUAGGAUUUUACCCAUGUGUCAGUCCCUGACUGCUGCUAAAAUGAUCUUUAAAUUGGGAACAAGAUGAUGGAUUUGUAUGUCCUCCCUCCUCUCCUCCAUUAAGACUACACAAAUAUGCCUCCCACCUCCCAUAUCUGGUUGAAAAUAGCAUUCAAGUCCGUACACAUCAGUGUUGCCAUGAAUGGGACUGGACUAAAGUGAAGUGCAUCUGCAAGUGUUUUACUGAAUUGGGGCUUACUUUUGGAGAUUAAUGAGUAUACCUCACUGGAGGGGAGGUCAAACUAAUCAAAGAAAUAUUUCCUCUUAGGUAGAAUAUAGGAUGCAAUGGGGUAUAGAAUGAGUAGGUGGGAAGGAGAAGAAAGUGGUACUUUCAACUCUGUAUUCUUUAAAAACAAAGAUUAAAGGUUUCGGCAUGCUGCA